ACGAAACACCCCCAACCCACUCAUCAGUAUUUAGUUAGGGUUUUUUUCUUCACCAUUUCAUAAUCCCUAAAACCCUCUCAGUAGCUGCAGCGUCCGCGCCUCCCUACCUCAACGCCAUGGCAUCGGAGAAGAAACUCUCGAACCCAAUGAGGGAAAUCAAAGUUCAGAAGCUCGUCCUGAACAUCUCUGUCGGUGAGAGCGGAGAUCGUCUCACCAGAGCCGCCAAGGUUUUGGAACAGCUUAGCGGCCAAACCCCUGUUUUCUCCAAGGCAAGGUACACAGUGCGUUCGUUUGGGAUCAGACGUAACGAGAAAAUUGCAUGCUAUGUGACAGUGCGGGGUGAUAAGGCAAUGCAGCUCCUUGAGAGUGGACUGAAGGUCAAGGAGUAUGAACUGUUGAGAAGAAACUUUAGUGACACUGGUUGUUUUGGCUUUGGUAUUCAGGAGCAUAUUGAUCUUGGAAUUAAGUAUGACCCUUCAACUGGUAUUUAUGGUAUGGACUUCUACGUUGUCCUGGAGCGCCCUGGUUACCGAGUUGGCCGUCGCCGUAGGUGCAAGGCCCGUGUUGGUAUCCAACACAGAGUCACGAAGGAGGAUUCAAUGAAGUGGUUCCAAGUAAAAUAUGAAGGUGUUAUCCUCAACAAGGCCUCCAACAUUGGUGCUUAGUCUGGAUCUCAGUCUCAACAAAAACCUCAGUGUUGGACCAGCUUAGGACAUUCGACAUAGAACUUGAAUCAUAUUUCAUAUUUGCACUUGUUCCACCGACAUUUUUUCUACUUUUCACCUCAAGACUUAUCUAUUUUCUGAAAAGAAUUUUCAUAUUUUACUUUGUACUUUUGUUGGCAAGAUUACAUGGCUUGUACUUGUGAUUUCACCCCUAAAUUAUCUUCUUUUUUUGGA